GCGCCAUCCCAUCUGCUACGGUCGCUAGUCUAGAACUGGGGUUUGCUUUACCCCUUGUCCAGGCUGGGCUCCAGCAGACCCUGAAACAAAGACUCACGACUAGGACAUGGAUUUUUUCUUGUAGUUGUAGGAGGAAUUGGGGGUGUCACGGGGCCAGGGUGAGCACUCACACCGGAGGACAGGCUGUGUGAGGUCCCGUGGCAGAGUGGUGGAAGGGUAGCCAAUGUGGGAAGAGAUUCGAGGAGGCUGACACGGUGAAGAGGGGACAGCAACAGGCAAACGCAUGUCUACUCCGGGCCUCCCCGGCCACCCGUCAGCCCCUUUCCUGCCCUUGGUCCUCAGCGCAUGGUGUCUGUCUGGGCUCUGGCUCCAGACACGGAGGCUGGGGCAGGGGCCUUAGCUGGGACCUAGGGUCCGGGAGGGAGCUUCAGGGUGAAGGGGUGUUCCGGCCAAGGAGGGCCAGAAGGGGACCAGGUGGGGAAGGGCCGAGCCUGUCCCAAAAUAGGGCCGCAGGACCUCCUGGCCAUACAAGGAUCUUGGAAUCUGGACUCUGGGGACCCCAGGCAGCUGGGCCCAGCUAAAACGCAGCUGACACUUCUGCCCCUCGUCUCUGGUGCCACCGCAGUGUUCUCCCAGCAGUGUUCUCCCAGCCGGCUGCAGACAUGGUAGGGCUGCUCCUGCCCCGGCGGGGUCCCUGGUGGGCUGGCUCGGGGAUGGAGCGGGCGCUGGGAGCCGUGUCGGGGAGGAGAGAGGACGGGACGGGGCUUCCAAGCACAGGCACCCGAGGGUGUGGGUGCCUCUCUGGGAAUCGAGGGAGCAGUUCGGCAAGGCUGGAGGGAGAGGGAGGAGCCGGCUGCUGAUGCGUCUGUCUGUCGCUCUGCUGGCCCGGGGACGGGGGGCGCCCUUUUGAAAGCUGCCAUGACAGUGGAGGCGGGGGAGGCCAGCGGGUAGAAACACCACAACCGGCCGGGGUCCUUCACCCUGACCUGGGUCAUGCCCCCGCCACGGCACCCUUCACCAGCCCCAGAGACGGGGUCCACCUGACGCUCCGCCACAUGGCUGGCCUGAGCCUUGGUAUCUCGCACCUGGCCUCUGGCUCUCGGGUCCUUCCCCUGAAGCCGCCUGACAGAGUGCCGUUCACCCCUGGCGAGCCUCCCCAGUGCCACCUUGUCUGGAAGCGCGCUGGGCUGCGGGGGAGGGGGGCUCCUUCUUUAACCCCAACCGUGCAGGGCUGCCGGGUGGAGGGACAGGGCGGGGUGCCACGCGUGCUAGGACCGCCACCUCCCUCGGACCGAGGGGCGGAGGCGGCCCUGGUGCAGGUGUCCUUGCAGACGGAGCGCCUGACAGCGGAGCAGAUCAAGGAGUACAAGGGCGUCUUCGAGAUGUUCGACGAGGAGGGCAACGGGCAGGUGAAGACCGCCGAGCUGGAGCGGCUCAUGAGCCUGCUGGGCAUCAACCCCACCAAGAGUGAGCUGGCCUCCAUGGCCCAGGACGUGGACAGAGACAACAAAGGAUUCUUCAACUGUGACAGCUUCCUGGCCCUGAUGGGGAUCUACUGGGAGAAGGCCCAGAACCAGGAGGGCGAGCUGCGGGCCGCGUUCCGCGUCUUCGACAAGGACGGCAAGGGCUACAUCGACUGGAACACGCUCAAGUACGUGCUCACGAACGCGGGGGAGCCCCUCAGCGAGGCGGAGGCCGAGCAGAUGAUGAAGGAGGCCGACAAGGACGGGGACGGGACCAUUGACUACGAGGAGUUUGUGGCCAUGAUGACCGGAGAGUCCUUCAAGCUGGUCCAGUGAGCAGGUGCUGUGGCCCUGGGAGGCCUGCCCGAAGGCCAUGCCUGCUGCCGCCCACACCGCCGCUCAGCGCCCCCGCCCCACCUCUGGCCAAUAAACACUCCAGCCGCACAAA